AUGACUGAGGCCGACAUGUACUUUUGGUACAAAGGGAUUUAUCUUAAUUCCAAAAUUCACGCAGUGGAGGGCCUGAAAAAAUACGAAGAGUUCACUUUUCGCCAGGAUGAUGUCAUCAUUGUAACAUAUUCCAGAUCAGGUACGCACUGGAUGAAGGAGAUUAUCCCCCUGAUCCUCAGUGGAGGAGACCCAGCCUCUGUAAAGAAUUCUGUCAGCAUGGACCGUGUUCCCUGGCUGGAGGUGAAUCGGCCCGACUUGGACAUUUCACAGAGGCUGUCACCGCGCAUAUAUUGUACACACUUCCUUCACUAUAUGAUGCCACCAAGCUUCUUUGAAGCAAAGCCAAAGGUCAUUUAUCUCAUGAGGAACCCCAAAGAUGUGUUUACAUCUGUCUUACAUUUUUCGGAGGCAUCCUCCCUCGUGGUGAAGCCAGGCCCACAAAGCGAGUUCCUGCAGAAGUUCCUUGAGGGAAAAGUUUGUCUUGGUUCAUGGUUUGACCAUAUAAAGGGUUGGCUGAAUGCUGAAGAUAAAGAUCGCAUCAUGUACAUCUCCUAUGAAGAGAUGAUAAUGGACCUGAAGGACUCUGUGGCCAGAAUUGCUCAGUACUUGGAGACACCCCUGACCACAGAGGCGAUAGAGAAGAUAUCAGACCAAUGUUUGUUCAAGAAUAUGAAGCAGAACAACAUGUCAAACUUCUCUGCCGUUUCUAAGGAACAAUGGGACAAGAAAAAGUCACCAUUUUUAAGGAAAGGAGUAGCUGGAGACUGGAAAAACCAACUAACAGUGGCAGAGGCAGAGUACUUUGAUGCUGUUUACAAGUUCAAAAUGAAGGAUGUAAAACAUAACUUUCCAUGGAAUUAA